ACAUACACAACCGCUCUCACUCUUCGUGGGAGAAAGUAAAGAAGGAGAGAGGGAAAGAGAGAGAAGGGAGAGAGAGCGUGAUUCCAGGUCUCUCUCUGCUCUCUCCACUUUGGGUACUCGUACCCAAUCUGAGUCAAUGGGGCUUCAGUGCUAGGGAUUAAACUUCAAUAUCAAAUAUAUUUAUUCACCCCAAACCCAUUUUAGUCUUUAGGUUUGGUGCAUUAAUAUAGGUAACUCAUUAAGGAAGGUUUCCGGAGAAAGGUAAAGACGUCUCCAGAGGCGUGCUUUUUUGUCUGUUUCCUCACAGAAGGGUCAGUCGGGCUCCUCUCGUCGGCUGGCUUUCUGUGAGAGGAUAACUUCCCCCAUAUCCCACAUUUACAGCUGACCCAGGCCGGAGAACUACUGCAACACUAUGGAUAUUGGAGCUUGUCCCUUCCGGAAGAAACGGAGACCAUGGCGCAUGGACUUCUCCUCCUUCGCCUUGGUAACCGUGGCGCUCGCCCUGUGCCAAACAACUGUGGUUCAAGCAGGGAGACAUCCAGCAGCUGAUGAUUGCCUCCAACCCUCAAGCUGCCUAUGACUUCUGUGAACACUACAGCCCUGACUGUGACUCCCCUCUGCCCAAAACCCAAGCUCAGGACCCCAACACAUACCCCACCAAAGCUUCCAAGUCCUCCAAAGCAAAGCCCACUGCAGCAGACGUCCUCCUGUCUAAAAUCAAACCAACCAAAUCUAAGCCCACAGCUGCCCCAGCGAAGAAUGGCAAUGGCAAAACUGGCGCUGUGAAGAAAGCAAAUGGUAAUGCAAAAGCUACAACUGGAGCCAAACCAACACCUCAGGUCAAAGUAAAUGGAAAUGGCAAUGGUAAGGUUGUAGCUGAGAAGAAAGCUCCUGUUACCUCGAAGGCUAGCAGCAAUGGAAAAGUCACAACAGAGAAGAAAGCCAAUGGAAACGGCAAAACGGCCACCGAUGUUAAAGCAAAAGGUAACAGCAAUGGUGGGGCUAAGGCUAAUGGCAACCACAAGACUACAACAAAAAUUCAAACAACUGUGGUCAAAGCCACCAAGGCACCUAAACCCACCAAAGCAUCAAAACCAGGACCUACAAAAUCUGCAGCCACCAAAGCUCCAAAAGUAAAAACCCAAAGCAAGGCAGACGUCAAAGACGUUAAAGCUGUGACCAAAGUCCCCCCGGUGAGCAAACGGGGGAAUAACUUCGUCAGGGAUUCCCCGCCGACGAAGUCAGUGGCAACAUCUUCCCCAGUCCGACCGACUCCACCCAGACCCACAAGAGUCAACAAAGUGCCGGAUAUAAAAUCGGACAAACCUUUCCCACCGUUUGGCAACACAGCGCUGAGCGGAACUGGAGUCCCACCGAAGAAAGUUACCAACCGUUAUCAGCAGGAUGUAGACACUGAAUAUUCUGAGGCUGGCCACACCCCUACAGAGACUGAUUAUUACUAUGAGGAGACCUUCACAGAGCCAGAGGGUGAGGUGGUUGGACAAGAAGAAAACGCUGUACAGCCUCAGGUGGAGCCAGCACUGGUGGGAGAAGAGGUAGACGCCGCCAAGGCGGGCGGUACUGGAGAAGAGCUCUUCACUGAGGAGUAUGAGACUGGGGACGUGGGCCUUAAGGAGUACGACUAUAACUACAGAGACUACAAUGAACCAUCACCAGAGACUGCAGAGGUUGAUGGCAACAUUGGCCCCGCCCUGUCCGCUGUGACAGACGAGGGAGGCGCUGCUGUUAGAGGCCAGAAAGGAGAGAAAGGCGAGCCUGCUGUCUUGGAGCCUGGGAUGCUGAUUGAAGGACCUCCAGGACCUGAGGGACCUGCUGGUCCCACUGGACCCCCUGGAACUUCUGGACCUCCUGGUUCUGUCGGUGACCCCGGAGAGAGGGGCACUCCUGGUAGGCCUGGUCUUCCUGGAGCUGAUGGGGUUCCUGGACCUCCUGGAACUUCACUCAUGCUGCCUUUCCGCUUCGGGCAGAGCGGAGGAGACAAGGGGCCGGUCGUUUCUGCACAGGAGGCUCAGGCUGCAGCCAUCUUAUCCCAAGCCAGGAUGGCUCUGAAGGGGCCUCCUGGACCAAUGGGAUUCACCGGACGCCCUGGACCCCUGGGAAAUCCAGGAAGUACUGGUUUGAAGGGAGAGCUUGGAGACCCCGGUCCUCAGGGUCCAAGAGGACCCCACGGUAUGAUGGGCCCUCCAGGCAAAGCAGGAAGAAGAGGCCGUGCUGGAGCUGAUGGUGCCAGAGGAAUGCCAGGAGAGCCUGGAGCUAAGGGCGACCGUGGUUUCGAUGGUCUUCCUGGUCUGCCUGGUGAUAAAGGACACAGGGGUGACUCUGGACCACUGGGACCACCAGGGGGCUCAGGAGAGGAUGGAGAGCGGGGAGAUGAUGGAGACGUUGGACCUCGGGGUCUCCCAGGUGAACCAGGACCUCGUGGUUUGCUUGGACCCAAAGGUCCUCCAGGAAUCCCCGGACCUCCUGGUGUUCGAGGAAACGAUGGACCCCACGGUUCCAAAGGAAGCUUGGGUCCCCAAGGUGAGCCAGGACCUCCAGGCCAGCAGGGAACCCCAGGAACUCAGGGAAUGCCGGGACCUCAGGGGGCCAUCGGACCCCCAGGAGAGAAAGGUCCUACAGGAAAACCAGGUCUCCCAGGAAUGCCUGGAGCUGAUGGGCCUCCUGGUCACCCAGGAAAGGAGGGGCCUCCUGGCACCAAGGGAAACCAUGGUCCUAACGGUCCUCAGGGAGCUAUCGGCUAUCCUGGUCCUCGGGGCGUCAAGGGAGAACAAGGCAUCCGCGGCCUGAAAGGCCACAAAGGAGAGAAGGGAGAAGACGGCUUCCCGGGAAUUAAAGGAGAUUUCGGUGUCAAGGGAGAGAGGGGAGAGAUUGGAGUAUCAGGGCCCAGAGGAGAGGACGGCCCGGAGGGGCCAAAGGGUCGUGUUGGACCCCCCGGUGAGGUUGGAGCUAUUGGACUGAUUGGUGAGAAGGGUAAACUCGGUGUACCUGGAGUUCCUGGAUAUCCUGGAAGACAAGGACCAAAGGGAUCUCUUGGAUUCCCAGGAUUCCCUGGUUCAAACGGCGAGAAGGGAACAAGGGGUACUUCCGGCAAACCAGGUCCGAGAGGACAGAGAGGCCCGACGGGCCCCCGAGGGCAGAGAGGGCCGAGGGGGGCCACGGGGAAACCAGGAGCAAAGGGAACCUCAGGAAGUGAUGGACCUCAUGGUCCUCCUGGAGAGAGGGGAUUGCCAGGACCUCAGGGAGCCAAUGGUUUCCCCGGACCAAAGGGACCUCCUGGACCACCAGGAAAGGAUGGCCUGCCAGGACAUCCCGGGCAGAGAGGAGAAGUUGGUUUCCAAGGUAAAAUGGGUCCACCUGGGCCUCCUGGAGUUGUUGGACCUCAGGGCCCAUCAGGAGAGACCGGCCCCAUGGGCGAGCGUGGCCAUCCCGGACCUCUAGGUCCACCCGGUGAGCAGGGGCUUCCUGGUCCCUCAGGGAAAGAGGGCACCAAGGGGGACCCUGGACCCACAGGACGGCCUGGAAAAGAUGGUCCUCCAGGACUGAGAGGCUUCCCAGGAGAGAGAGGACUUCCUGGAACCCCUGGUGGUGGAGGACUGAAGGGAGGCGAAGGACCUGCUGGACCUCCUGGACCUGCUGGGUCUCCUGGUGAGCGGGGACCAGCUGGUACUGCUGGACCCAUCGGACCUCCUGGCAGACCAGGCCCUCAGGGCCCACCUGGACCAGCUGGAGAGAAGGGAGUCCCUGGUGAGAAAGGACCCAUUGGGCCAGCAGGUCGGGACGGGGUGCAGGGUCCUGUGGGUCUGCCCGGCCCUGCUGGAACAGCUGGAGUCCCUGGCGAGGACGGAGACAAGGGUGAGGUUGGAGAGCCUGGGCAGAAGGGCGCCAAAGGAGCCAAAGGAGAGCAUGGUCCUCCUGGUCCACCCGGGCCGCUCGGUCCUGUAGGUCAGCCUGGUCCAGCUGGUGCUGAUGGAGAUCUUGGACCGAGGGGGCAGCAGGGUCCUUUCGGAGCUAAAGGUGACGAGGGAACCCGAGGCUUCCCAGGAGCCCCAGGUCCCAUCGGACUCCAGGGACUGCCAGGACCAUCUGGGGAGAAAGGAGAGACGGGAGAUGUCGGACCUAUGGGUCCUCCAGGCCCUCCAGGACCCCGUGGCCCUGCUGGACCCAGCGGAGCUGACGGUCCUCAAGGUCCUCCUGGUGGUAUUGGUAAUCCUGGGGCUGUUGGAGAGAAGGGAGAGCCCGGUGAGGCCGGACCACCUGGAAUCGUAGGAGAGGCUGGAAAGAAGGGUCCUCGUGGAGAGCGCGGAGAGAAGGGAGAGGCGGGCCAACCUGGAACUGCUGGACCUGCCGGAGGACGAGGAGGACCAGGAGACGAUGGGCCCAAAGGAAACCCAGGUCCUGUUGGUUUCCCUGGUGAUCCCGGCCCCCCUGGUGAGGUUGGACCCAGAGGCCAGGAUGGUGCCAAGGGAGAGAGAGGAGAGGACGGAGAAGCAGGAGAACCUGGCACCCCCGGACCUCCUGGUGAGAACGGACCUCCUGGACCCCCAGGAAAGAGGGGUCCUGCUGGUGCAAGAGGAGCAGAGGGACGUCAGGGAGAGAAGGGAACCAAGGGAGAUCCAGGUGCAGUCGGUCCCCCAGGAAAGACGGGUCCUGUCGGCCCUCAGGGUCAACCAGGAAAACCAGGAACCGAAGGUCUUCGAGGACUCCCAGGAUCAGUGGGUGGACAAGGAUUACCAGGAGCUGCUGGAGAGAAAGGACCGCCUGGACCUUUGGGACCGCCUGGUUUGCCCGGCCUGCGUGGAGACCCCGGAGCCAAGGGAGAGAAGGGUCACCAAGGUCUUAUCGGUCUCAUCGGACCUCCGGGAGAGCAGGGAGAGAAGGGAGACCGAGGCCUUCCUGGGCCUCAGGGAUCCUCUGGACCCAAAGGAGAGUCCGGACUUUCUGGAGGCACCGGACCCCUCGGCCCUGCUGGUCCUCCUGGUCUUCCUGGUCCUCAAGGUAUCAAAGGAGCUAAGGGUGCAUCUGGAGGAGCUGGACCAAAGGGAGAAAAAGGAGUACAAGGACCUCCUGGACCUCCUGGCCCACCUGGUGAGGUCAUUCAGCCGCUGCCCAUCCAGAGGAGUCCCAAGUCCAAACGCUCCAUCGAUGCCAGCCAGCUGGCGCCAGAGUUUGACCCUGACAUGCCGGCAUCUGACACUGCCGGCACCGAGUUCCUGAUGGGCAGCGAAGGCAUGGAGGAGAUCUUUGGCUCUCUCAACUCCCUCCGUCAAGAGAUCGAGACAAUGCGUUUCCCUCUGGGCACUCAGGACAGCCCCGCGCGCACCUGCCAGGACCUGAACCUCAGCCAGCCGGACCUCAAAGACGGAGAGUACUGGAUCGACCCCAAUCAGGGCUGCUCCAGAGACUCCUUCAAGGUCUUCUGUAACUUUACUGCUGGAGAGACGUGUUUGUACCCGAGCAAGGACGUCAACACGGUGGAGAUGAGCUCCUGGGACAAAGAGACUCCAGGAUCGUGGUACAGUCAGUUUUCCACUGGUAGUAAGUUCUCCUACGUCGACUCCAACGGUGAUCCCGUGGGCGUGGUCCAGCUGGGCUUCCUGCGCCUCUUGAGCGUCCAGGCCCGUCAGAACCUCACCUACCACUGCCACCGCUCCGUGGCCUGGGCCGACCAAAGCGCCGAGAACAACUACCAAAGGGCGCUGCACUUCCUGGGUGCCAACGACGAGGAGCUGAGCUAUGAGACCAACCCGUACAUCAAAGCCUUGAUCGAUGGCUGCUCUUAUCGUAAGGGCUUCGACAGGACGGUCCUGGAGAUCAGCACGCCACAGCUGGAGCAUCUUCCUCUGCGGGAUAUCAAGGUGUCAGACUUUGGGGAGAAAAACCAGCAGUUUGGUUUUGAAGUGGGACCUGUUUGUUUCCAAGCCUAAGAACACAAACACACACAAUACAUGCAAACACACACACACACUUAGAGACACACUUAUAUAUGAAAAAAACAUUCAUGCCCAGUAAUUUGUAAAUUAAUUUGUAAAUGAUAUAAAACACACACACACACACACACUUACAUAUACAUGCAGUUGUUGUGAGACAAACACACGCUCACAGUAAAGUGCGUGCCCGGGGAAACCAACAUCCUCCCAACAAUUAAUGGACGUCACAAAAACAAAAAAAAGAGGAGAGAAAUCUGAAAAACUUGCGGAGACCUUCGACCGCCGCGAGAGACGAAGAUAAAGUCAGGAGGGAGCGUCCUUCAACAUAAAACAGUGUUUUCUUUAACGUCACCGACCUGAGAGCGAGCCGGCAACCUGAGGUCUGAUGCCCCUCUACCUCCCCAUCCAACAUCUCCUCCCAGAAACGGGUCACACUCAUUCCCACUUCCUUAAUCUACAUUCACUCUGCAGGCAGCAUGACUGACGGUCGCUCAGGCUGUGAGAGGCUCCCGUGCAGCCGCCUUUAUCUGUGAUGCAGUUAAAAUCACAUGAAAUCAAAACAGGAGACAAACCAUAAAAGAACAGCCAGAGGUCAGAAACGUUCCCCUGAGCUGUAGAUGAAGCUCUUUGUGAGGUCAUCAGGGGCGACUCUUCAGCCAUGCUGUUUACAGAGCAACAUUCAGAUCUUUUUACACUUUAAGGAACCAAAGAAUUAACGACACCGGCAGAAACACAGGGAACUGAGCACCGAGGUUAACGUGUGGCGAGGUGCAGGACAAUCCCUCCUCCACCCGAGAGGAGCGAGACCGCGCUGAGCCGAUGUGAUGCAUGCACGAGGCAGGAGAGACGUGUGAUCAGUGAAAUCAAAGCCAUUCAUUUUGUAAACUGUGCUAAAUGCAGUGCUGUUGUAUUUGCAUGCUGCUGGUGACCUGAUUCUUUAAAUCACUCCUCACCGAGGCCGCUAACACCACGCCGCUCCGGUGUUUGCUGAGUCUGGACUCUUUGUUGUUUUCCAUCAGUGUUUAAACAUGUCUGAGCUUCAGAGAUUCCUCCUGUUUUUCCUGCAGCAGCAAAUAAAAAUGCACGCUUUUACUGACCUGUGUGGUAAGGUGCUAAUUACACAAACGUGUCAAAGGUGUAGUGUCCACUCCGACUCCUUCCUGUAGUCUCUUCUAAUUCAUGAAGCUUGUACCUGGGGAAGAUGUGCAUUACAUACCAUUUGUACAGAAAUAGUGAUAUUCUAUUGUAUUUAUUUAAAAUUAACAGGGUGCUUUGAGAUUAAAAAAACAAGAACCAACCAAUAUUUCAGUCACAUGUGGUUUGUAUUUAUUUCCUGCAGCUGACACUUGAAGGUCAAACUCACCGCCCUGUUCAAACUCCUUUUGUACGGAAUAAAAAUAAGAAUCUGUGGCCACACGUUACUGUAAGAUCCCGUCUUAGUGUUUGCAUCGACUGUACUGUGCUGUUACAUCCUGCUUCCACUGUAAUGAUUAAACGGUGACUCUCCA